AGGAGCCCAAGUCUGGGGACACUGAACGGUGUCUCUGCCCCAAGUCCUUUCAGACCCUGUGGCCACAGAGCUCAGCUCUCCUCGGGCAGGUCUCCCUGGCUCCGUGAUGAUGGCCGAGGAGCACACAGACCUGGAGGCCCAGAUCGUCAAGGACAUUCACUGCAAGGAGAUUGACCUGGUGAACCGAGACCCUAAGAACAUUAACGAGGACAUAGUGAAGGUGGAUUUUGAAGAUGUGAUCGCGGAACCUGUGGGCACCUACAGCUUCGACGGCGUGUGGAAGGUGAGCUACACCACCUUCACUGUCUCCAAGUACUGGUGCUACCGCCUGCUGUCCACGCUGCUGGGCGUCCCACUGGCCUUGCUCUGGGGCUUCCUGUUCGCCUGCAUCUCCUUCUGCCACAUCUGGGCGGUGGUACCGUGCAUUAAGAGUUACCUGAUUGAGAUCCAGUGCAUCAGCCACAUCUAUUCGCUCUGCAUCCGCACCUUCUGCAACCCCCUCUUUGCCGCCCUGGGCCAGGUCUGCAGCAACAUCAAAGUACUGCUGCGGAAGGAAGUAUAAAGCCAGCUGGGUGAGGGGGGUGGCCCGGCAGGGGGAGGCAGGCCAGGCAGCCCCACCGUACUGUUCCACAGGGGCUGCUGGCAAGCUCUUUCUCAUUAGGGGCUGCUAUUCCCCCUACCAAGAUGGGAGCUCGCAGUUGAGGGAGGCCAGAAAUAAAAGACAGCCCUGCCACAGAAGCACAGUGGCCCCUCACACCGCCCCUGCCCCACCACGAUGCCCCCAUGACCAGGCGCGAGGAAAGAUCAUUUCCUAAGAGGCAGCUACUGCAAGUCUUUGCAUAUUCACUUGUACUGUAACAGCAUAAACCAGCACUUGGUCCCACUCCCCAACGUGGGCUCAGCCUGUCAAUUCACGUGGCUCAGGAAAGCCACCAGAGACUCUUAGGGAGGCGGCCCCAAUAAAGGGUUUCGGCUGCAUUCGGGGAAUGCUGUGGUUUGUGUACGUCUGUAAGGUGGGUGCAUGUCCUGAUCAGCUCCAAACAUAUAUUCUGCUGACCUGAGGAAGAAGGCAAGUCGGUUGGCUCUUCCCUUGGCCAAACCCAAGAACAAGAAGAGACUUUGGUUUCUCUAGGGAAUCUUCUUGUUCGCUGGGUCUCUGCUCCCUCGUGUUCCUUGGAAAUUAUUUCCCACGGACCUCUUCCCACCCCUGGUUCAGCCAGUGGCCACCAAGAGAAGACAC